AUGUCUGAUAGCCAACACAUCCUUUCCUAUUACGAUCCCGCCGUAGAGAAGGUUGAGAAGGCUUUAAAGCUAGCUCAGUCGACUAAAGCUUCCCCAGAGGUCAUCAGAGCUCUUCAGUCAGCAUGUCAAUUGAUACAGCAGAGAGAGCAGUUCACAAAGUCCAGCACCUCGGAGGCCAGCGAUGCCUGUAAAAACAUUCUGUCUGAGACAAACAAGCAUGACUGGGCAGCUGCCCACCAACAAGGCAAGACCAGCUGGUACCUCAUGCCUCUUAUGAUGAGUGGACCAACGGAAGGUAGUUUAAAUGAAUGUAGUCAGACCUGAACUAAUGUGGUCAGUCAGUGCUAAAUUAAUGUAAUAAGUCAUUACUUGAAUUAAUGUAGUUACAUCAUUACUUGAGUUAAUGUAUUCAUUCAGAAAUGAACUAAUGCCAUUAGAUCCACUGAAAUAAUGUAGUGACAUCAUUACUUGAGUUAAUCUAUUCAUUCAGAAAUGAACUAAUGCCAUUAGAUCCACUGAAAUAAUGUAGUCAUUCUGUACAGAAUGAAUGUAGUAAGUCAGUGUCCUGCCCUUGAAUGUUAAAAGCUGAAAAAGGUCAUAAACUUUUAUUACCCCUGAUGUAGUAUUAAAGGUCAUAACCUUCAUUUUUACUACCCGUACUGUAGAUGAAGCAUCUGGGUCAAAUAUCUCUCCCACUUACUGUUUGAAUAGCUAAUGAAGCAUCUGGGUCAAACAUCAUUCACACUUAAUGUUUGAAUAGCUAAUGAAGCAUCUGGGUCAAAUAUCUUUCACAGUUACUGUUUGAAUAGCUAAUGAAGCAUCUGGGUCAAACAUCUUUCACACUUUCUGACUUACUGUUUGAAUAGCUAAUGAGAUAUUAGUUCCAGCCAUUUCUUUUAUUUAUUUAUUCCUUGUGUUAUAAUAAUAGUCAAUGCACUUUUGUCUCAUUUCUUUUUUUGAUAGCGCUGGUACAUUACGUUUUGGUCAGCUCAUAAAAAAUGUCAACCUUCAUGUUUCCAUGAAUUCAGGUCAAUUUUUAAAGUCCAUUGUAAGCAUCCAGAAAGCGAAACGAAUCCUAGAAAUCGGAAUGUUUACAGGCUACAGUGCACUGUCAAUGGCUGAAGCUUUGCCAGGUGCUGUAACAUAAUAAUUUAUUCGAACAUCAAUAAAUAUGGCUUUUGGCACUAAUGUAAAACUGAACUUGAAAGGAAUUUUUUUUCAUACCACAUUUUUUCCUAGGAUCCGUUAUUGUUUAUAUUUUUCCUCUCUUAGUCGGAAGUUAAUUAAAUCACUGAUUGAAAACUUUGCAGCUGAUGGUGAAAUGGUCACUAUUGAUCAAGAUGAGUAUCUCAAGAGACUGGUUGAAGAUAAACUGUUUAAGCGGUCACCUCAUCACAGAAAGAUCAAAUGUGUCAUAGGUAGGCCUAUGCUAGAGAUUUAGCAUUUAUGGGCGAAGUUUAUUUAAAGGACCAAAGCUAAAAAAAUUAAUACAUUUUAAAUACCAUUAGAUAUAUUUUUAAAAUUUCAAAUGCAUCACUAAAAUUAAAUAGAUCCGCUGUGACUCUUUCGAUGAUUGAAUUUUCAUUUCCAAACAUUUAACUUUGAGGUCAAACACUCGGUAAAAUAUUUAAUCUUAAUUAAUACAAUCUAUACAAUCUAUUGUGUUUAAUAUGUUUUAUUAAAUAAUUAUGCAAUUUUUUUAAUAAAAUAUGUUUAUUAAAGAAAUAUGUUCCAUUAAUUGUGUCCUUUUGACUUUGAUAAUAAAUAAGAUUAUCUAAAUAUUUAGGCAAAGCACCUGAGAUAGUCAAGAGAAUGGCUGAACGUGGGGAGCAGUUUGACAUCAUAUUUCUUGAUGCAGAUCAGGCAAACUACCUUGAAUAUUUCAAGGUCAGUUUGGAAAAGAGAUCAGAGGGGGAAAAAAUCUCAAUUCAAAAAAAGGGUUCUAAAUUCAAUGACUUUGUAAAAUGUAAAAAUUUUACACAAUAAAUGUAACUAUUUUAAUUUUAAAGAAAACAUUUGAAAGAAAUAUUUCCUUUCUGUCAUUUUUACAAGUUGUAUUUUGCUUAGUAAAACAAUGCACCAUUUCUGAAACAAAUAAUUUUUUUUUUUAAAUAUUCAUUCUUAUUAUGGUGUAAUUAUUGCUAGAGGGCCUACAUGUUUGGAGGUAAAAUGUAACUGUGGUCAAUUUUCGGGCUGAUUAAUUUUCAAGUCUCACAUUACUCAAGCAGUAUGCCUUUGAGAAGAAUCUGUUAGGUCCUGGAGGUUCAGUGCUCAUUGACAAUGCAUUCAUGCAAGGAGACGGAUACAUGUCAACUACUGGAGAAAACAAUACAAAGCGUUUUGCCCAUUGGUUGGCCUCAAACCUUGACCUUCACAAAGUAAGAAGAUGAUUUCUAACUGGAAAGUAAAAAAAACUUAAGAGAGAAGCUAGGGAGAGACAUUUUGUGGAAGUUUAAAUGAGUAAAAUUGUUUUUGAAUCUGAAAUAAAGUAAUUUCAAACAAAUAUUUUAUCGUCUCCUGCCAGGUUCUUGUUCCAUUACGAGAUGGUGUCUUGAUGGUGCGCCGACUUUCAGAUGUUGAAGGAGCCAUUUCAUAG